AUGUCUUCCGAUCUGUCUUGGGAGCCUAUGUUCUGCCUUGCCUGUGACAGGCAGACUGACGGCGCUACCUACUGCUCUGAGUCAUGCAGGCUUUCUGACUUUGAGAAGACGUCCUCUACAGCAAGCACACCAGCGAGUACUCCAGGACUCAGCCCGUCUUCUUAUAACUGGGCGGCCCCGAGGCCUCAAUCUAAGUUCUUCUUGCCUCCUGCCUACGACUUCAGCAAUGCCCAGCCCUACGGCUCGACACCUCUACCGCAAUCGUACUUAAGCCAACGCUCAGAUUCAUCUUCGUCCUCAACGCGAGCCCUCACCCCAUCGAGCUCCCACAGCAGCCUAUGUUCACUCCGCAGUACUUCAUCAGGAACCGAAGGCACGCAAUUGUCAGAUAAGGCUAAGAAGCAAUUGAGGGACUAUGCCAGUUCGUUCGAGCACGCUCGCCUCCAACAACAACGACGACGGUCCUACUAA